CCUCCUUUAAGUCGCCAUGAUGUCCUUACAAAAGAAGAAGUAAAAGGAAUAUUUUGUUUCCAGGGCUGAUAAAUCUGUGUAAACUAAACCUUUAGUUUAUAUUUAUAUCACACUACAGAAGGCGUUUUUAUAUCCAACAGGAGGAUUUACAGCAGGUACUAAAGCGUCAGAUUUCCUCAUGUUUCCUUCCAGCAGAUGUUCACUUCAAGCACGGAGGUGUAUACGUGCACUGAAGGCAGUUCAGACAGAACGGGUGGCUGUGCAGGUCUACACAAGGCGAUGCUUUUCUGCUCCUGUGCCACGUAUUACAUCCCAUUAUACCAUCUAUCCUCGAGACAAGGAUCCACGAUGGGAAGGUGUGGACAUGGAGCGCUUCGCAGACGAGGCGGACGUUGUGAUCGUGGGCGGAGGUCCUGCCGGUCUGUCGGCGGCCAUCAGACUGAAGCAGCUGGCCAAUCAGCACGAGAAGGAGCUGCGCGUGUGUGUAGUGGAGAAGGCGUCUCAGAUCGGAGCACACAUACUCUCUGGGGCCUGUUUAGAACCCAGUGCUCUCAAUGAGCUCUUUCCAGAUUGGAAAGAGAGAGGGGCCCCACUCAACACACAGGUUACAGAAGACAGAUUUGCUAUUCUGACAGAAAAAUACCGAGUCCCUGUGCCAAUACUCCCAGGUCUUCCGAUGAAUAACCACGGGAACUACAUCGUGCGUCUGGGUCACUUUGUGCGCUGGCUGGGAGAACAGGCUGAAGAACUCGGGGUGGAGCUGUAUCCAGGUUACGCUGCAGCUGAGGUGCUGUUUCACGAGGAUGGAAGCGUGAAAGGAAUCGGCACUAACGACGUCGGGAUCGCCAGAGACGGCUCUCCUAAGGACGUGUUCGAGCGAGGCAUGGAGCUCCACGCUAAGGUCACGCUGUUUGGUGAAGGAUGUCACGGUCACCUCUCCAAGCAACUCUACAGACGGUUCAACCUAAGGGAGAACUGCCAGCCGCAGACCUACGCCAUCGGCCUCAAAGAGCUGUGGAUUAUCGAUGAGAAGAAAUGGCACCCGGGUCGAGUAGAGCACUCUGUGGGGUGGCCUCUGAACAGGAACACGUACGGAGGCUCCUUCCUGUACCACCUCAAUGAAGGAGAGCCUCUGGUGGCCCUGGGCUUAGUGGUGGGUUUGGACUAUACUAACCCUUACCUGAAUCCGUUCAGAGAGUUCCAGCGCUGGAAGCAUCACCCAUCCGUAGCUCCCACUCUGGAAGGAGGAAACCGGAUCGCUUACGGAGCCAGAGCUCUAAACGAAGGAGGCUUUCAGUCUAUACCAAAGCUGACGUUUCCCGGCGGUGCUCUGAUCGGCUGCAGCCCCGGCUUCAUGAACGUCCCCAAGAUCAAAGGAACGCACACGGCCAUGAAGAGCGGCAUGCUGGCCGCGGAGGCCAUCUUUAACAAACUGACAGACGAGAACCUGCGAUCCGAGACGGCAGGUAUCCACGUUCCUGAGUAUGAGGAAAAUUUGAAGAAUUCCUGGAUCUGGAAGGAGCUGCGUUCCGUGAGGAACAUCCGGCCGUCGUUCCACAACUACUUUGGGCUCUAUGGGGGGAUGCUGUACACUGGAAUCUUCUAUUGGAUACUGAGAGGGAAAGAGCCAUGGACACUAAAACACUGUGGUCUGGACUCUGCCCAGUUGAAGCCAGCGAAAGACUGCACACCCAUCGAGUACCCGAAGCCUGAUGGGAAAAUCAGCUUCGAUCUCCUUUCUUCUGUGGCACUGAGUGGAACCAAUCACGAGCACAACCAGCCUCCUCACCUCACACUGAAGGAUGACAGCAUUCCCGUCUCACAGAAUCUCGCCAUCUACGACGGCCCUGAACAGAGGUUUUGUCCUGCUGGUGUGUACGAAUUUGUUCCUCUGGAAUCAGGCGAAGGUAUGAGGCUACAGAUCAACGCACAGAACUGUGUGCACUGUAAAACGUGUGACAUUAAAGAUCCCAGCCAGAACAUCAACUGGGUCGUUCCUGAGGGCAGCGGAGGGCCAGCUUAUAACGGCAUGUGAUCGCGUGUUAAAUUUCCUGUGGCUUUAUUCAGGCACGUCUUUCUCUCACACGCACAAACUUAUAAAAAAAAAUAUAUAUUAAAAAAAUAAAAAAAAAUCUGUGCGCCUACAGGUCAGAAUAAUCGCAUGUUCACCAUGAUGGGAACAUUUGUGUGUAAUCGUCAUGACUUAAGUGGCGUUAAUUGUGUUUAACGUACGUUUAAUCGGCUUGUACGGUUUUCAAAGCGUCAGGUGAAACAGAGCGUUUGUGUAGAAACGCACACGUGCAGAUAUGGGCCAGAUGCCUGUAUGUGAAAUGAGCAUAUAAGCUAACAGCAGUUUACCUCUAUGGCCUUGAGGUUUGCAUUGUAUAUAAAGACAAACUGGUAGAAUAAACUCAUUUUACCAAACCACAA